AUGGCGAUGGCACAGGAAACACAAGGUGAUGAUGAUGACGACGACGACGACGACGAUGAUGAUGUGCCGUCACUGACGAUGAAGCUCUGUGGCCACCAGAGGCGAAGCACAAGUCCUGAGACCGAACUCCUCUUCAAAGUCUUGUCCAAGUCCAAGCAACAGGAGAAGAGUCCUUCCUCAAAGGCUGCCCCGCUUCCAGACGCGUCAGCGCCUCGGCGCACCUGGAAGGCACGGCACGCCACGGCCACCACGGCCACCACGGCCACCACGGCCACCACGGCCACCACGGCCGUCAGGGCCGGGCCGCUGCCGGUGGGUGCAUUGCAGCCUUCGCAGCGGCCUUCAGCCGAGCCAGUGCGGCCAGAGCCCUUCAAGAACCUCGUGGUGAGGCAGCAACACACCGGUGAACUGGCGCAGAAAAGGGUUGAGACAUUUUGCCUGAAAGAGAAAUGGAAGAACUGGGGAACCCUCAAAGAGCAUUACAUGGACCACUUUGAGGUUCGGACUGCCCCUGAUCUGCCCCGCCUCGAGCUGGAUGUAGAGUUAAAAGCUUUGUCUCAACGACUGGAUGAGGUGGUGCAUCGCGUGCUUCGCCACGAGCCGCUGAUCUCCUCCAUGGAAAUCCGCUUAGAGGAGUUGGUGGAUCGCUGUGGUGGUGAUGCAAAGGUGGGCCGUCUUGCUUCUCAGGCCGAGAUGGCUUCGCUGGAGCUGCGCUGUGGGCAGCUGAUGUCCGCGGAGAUCUUGAACCUCACCGCAGAGAUGGAGGAACUGGGCAGCAGAGUCGCCUCAAAGGAGGCAGUGGAAGAUCUGCAAGUGCAACAUGUGGCGCGCUUGGAUACUCUGAGCUGCGACAUCACGGCGCUUCAGACAGGCCUGGCCCAGACUUGCAUGGACCAGCAGGACAGGAUCUAA